AUGGCUCCAGCUGCUUCUUAUCUGCAGCACAACCAGGGCCACGAUGGCCUCCAUCGGCAAAGCCAGGAUCCUGGAGUCGACGCGAGUCCUCGCGGCCCAUCGCCCGACUCUUGCACGGAACCGUCACGCAAUCCCUCCAGCGUCUCAGGCAUGUCCAAAUCCCAGAGCUGGUACUACGAGCCGGCCCCAGACCCUGCCGGUAUGGUCGAUUCCAAGAAUCAGUACUCGUACUCGCAAUACGCUUACGACGUCGCCUACCCUACUCCUGCUGCCAAGUCGGCCGCGGAGGACACCGACGGCGUGCAUCUGGCCUCUUACCCUGUCGGCCCUGGUGCAGCACAGCAGCAGCAGCAGCAGCAGCAGCACUACGUCGAGCCCAUGACCAAUCCGCAUCACCACGCCGGUUACCAGUACAUUGACGCAUCAGCGGCGUAUGACCAGGACCCGUCGGGCCGGGUCGCGCAUUUCCGUCGCCAGGACUCCCACGCCGGCCUGCUAGAGUACGCCCAGGACUCGCCGGGUUUCAUGUACACGCCCGGCUCGGCGCCCUCGCCCUACUACUACAACGAAAACAACCACACCUUUGAGCAGCAACAGCAGCAGUACCAACAGGCACAGCAUCAGCAGCGAGGACCAAAGCGUCCUCGUCGCGCAUUCCAUGGCUGCCUCUCCUGUUGCGCCCCGGGUUGGCGCUGGCGCUGGCACGACUCGUGGAACAUGUACCUCUUCUUCCUCUUCGGCCUGCUCUGCGCCAUCGGCCACCACAUCUUCUACACCGUCCUCGACGGCCGGCCCUCGGGCACCGACAACCAGAUCACCAUGCUGCGCUACGGCACCGUCCUGGCCUACGCCUCCAAGGCCGGCCUCGCCGCCGCCGCCAUCUCGGCCCUCAAGCAGCGCGUCUGGACCACAGUGCGCACGCGCCUCAUGAGUGUCGCCGCCGUCGAUGCGCUCUUCUCCGCCACCGAGGACAUCCUGAGCAUGUUCAACUGGGAGUUUCUCGGCGAAGCCAAGACGGCUGCCGCGCUUGCCUUUUUCGUCUGGCUCGCCCCCCUCGUCGUCAUCUUGACGGCCAACACCCUCCUCGUCGAGUCCCGCACCAUCAACGAGGUUGGCAAGUGCCCCGGCGUGCGCACCCUCAACUUUGACUUUGAGGCCACCACCGACUGGCGCAACGGUUUCCGCAUCGACCGCCUCUACGAGAUCUCCGUCUCCAUCUGGAACACCACCCGGCCCGCCGAUGCCGACCCCCCGCCCAAAGGGUGGUUCGACUACUACACGGGGCCCUCGCCCGCCUGGACCCAGCAGGCCACCAUCGGCGCCUACCUCGAGCAGGUCGUCACCCGCAAGAACGCCUCCCUCGACACCUGCGGCUCCGGAUGGAACUGCACCUUUGACGUCAGCUUCACGGCCCCGGGUUACAAGUGCACCGAGCUGGCGUCGGGCGUCGGCGCCAAGCCUGCCAAGCUGCAGCAGGAGUCCGGGAGCAUCGCGUCGCCCAUCGACAUGGACAUCCUGCUGCCCAAGGGAAAAUACGCCUACUACGUCCACGCCUCCGGCGGCGACUACUCGCCCAUGCAGAUGAAGGACACGGGAACCGGCGGCGUGCCCACCACCGACCCGCCCUGGCCGCGCAGCUUCGGCGCCCUGCGCACCGAGCCCGUCAUCUGGGUCGCGCACGCCACCUACGCCCACGGCACCGACUCGCCCGACACGCCGCAGGACAAGACCCAGCCCGGGUGGGGCGAGGCCUUCGUCCCCAAGAUGUUCGCCUGCGAGCACUACGAGACGGCCUACACGGCGCGCUUCAACUACACCGACGGCAUCCAGACCGCCCUCAUCACGAACCGCGCCUUCCUGGCGCCCGUCAUCAACACCACCUACGUGCCCGGCAAGGACGCCCGCGACGGCACCGGCGAUAACACCACCGCCGUGCCCGAGAGCAACUACGUCCUGCCGCUGCCCGACGUGCUCCGCUACCGGCGCGUCGCCGCCUACCACUCGAUGGGCUACCUGCUGCGCGACCUGAUCAACGGCACCGUCGAGAUCGAUGGCGACCUCAACAAGAUCAUCCAGAACACCCACGCCAUCCAGACCAAGCUGCUCGACAAGCGCAACAGCUACUUCCCCUACCCCAACGUCAUGGAUCUCGUCCAGGGCCUCUACGAGGACCUGAUUUUGUCCAUGUUUGGCAACCCCCAGUUCGCCGCCGUGGUCUGGGCCGCCGACCCCAAGACGCAGAGCGGCACGCUCCGGGGGGACCAGCCCGAGCUCGGCUACGAGUGCGAGCGGAGCAGGACGGUCAACGUGUACAGCUACCACCGCCGGGACCUGUGGAUCGUGUACGGCAUCGCCGUCUCGGUGGCCCUCGGGUGCGUCCUUGCCGGCUGGUACGCGCUGCGGGAGAACGGGGGCGUCGUGCGGGACACCAAGUUCAGCAGCAUCGUCGCCGCUACGAGGGGCCCCGCGCUCGACAAGCUGGCCUGGCCGGACGGGCGGAGGGAGGAGGUCGAGGUCUCGCGCGGGGACCGCGCCGCGAGGAUCGGUUACGGCUACCUGGACGGGCUGGAUGAGAACCUCGACCGCGGCGGAGAUCGGGCGGAGGAGGUGUACUGGAAGGGCGGGGAGAGGAGCGGACGGAGCAGCGUUGUGCCUGAUGGGAACAAGGGGCCUGAUGCGGUCGACGGCGGUGACCUCUCGUACACGAGAUUCGGUUUUGGGUUAGAGGGCGAUGUGAGGAUUGUUCCUCCCAGUGGCCUUUUUCAUCGAUAG